AUGUUGAACUUGGCUGCAUCUGACCUACUCUGCAUCCUUACCCUACCUUUGCGAAUAUACAACCUAGUCUUCACCUGGAGCCUGGGUCUAGUGCUCUGUCAGCUCAACAUGUACCUUUUCUACUGCAGUAUCUGUACCAGUCUGCUGACUGUCACAUUUCUGAGCAUCCAGCGCUACCUCCAGGUAGUGCAUUCCCACAGCUGGGCCAGACUGGGAGUGGCAAAGGAGAGGGGGCUACUGGUUGUCCUGUGGGGGGUAGCUGGGGUCCUGUCCAUCCCUUAUGGGGUGACGGUGCGGGAUGUGAAGGAGGAGGAUAAUGGAUGGGUCCGGUGCCAGUAUGAUUUUGCAUCAGAUGCUGAGCUGGUGGCUGUGUUGCUCCUGCAGACUCUCCUGGCAUUUGUAGUUCCUUUCUUCAUCAUGGCCACAGCCUAUAUCCGCCUCCAGAAAAGGGUGAACCAAACAGCUUUCUUCAGUCACCCCAGGAUGACCAGAUUAGUGAGCCUCAUCGUUGGGACCUUCAUAGUUCUAUGGACUCCUCACCAUGUCAUGAACGUGCUGGGAGUGACGGCCAUCUUGGCAAAGAAUAAGGCUCUGAGAGUGUUCUGGGAGGACAAUUGGAGGAUUGCUGGAUCUCUGGUCUUCAUCAACAGCAGCUUGGUUCCAUUCCUCUAUGCCUUUGCCUCCAGAAACACCCAGAGAGCACAGAGUAAUGACAGUCAGGUAGUGACCACGAGUAGUCACAAUCUGUAA